AUGAAUAAGGGGAUAAAACUUGAACAUAAGAAGUUCCAUACAAAUAUGCAGAAAAACUUCUUUAUGGGAAAACCUGGAGAACCAGGCCUCCCAGGGCAGGAGGGUGCCAGAGGCUUACCGGGCUUCAAAGGACAGAGGGGAGAUACAGGUCCCCCAGGUCCACGGGGGGAACCAGGUGCGACAGGUCCUGCUGGGCGUGAGGGGCCACCAGGGAAGGACGGUGAUACUGGCCCCAUAGGACCACAGGGCCCUCGAGGACUCAGAGGGCAGCCGGGCAAGAAUGGAUUGCCUGGAUCUGCAGGAGAACCUGGCCCAGCAGGUAACCCAGGUCCUAAAGGAAAUAAAGGAGAAAAUGGCAGCCCAGGACUCCCUGGCUUCAUAGGACCCCGAGGACCACCUGGUGAUCCAGGAGAAAAAGGCCUUCCAGGAAAGGAGGGUGCACCAGGGAAACCAGGUGAAACUGGAUCCAAAGGAGAGAGGGGAGAGCCUGGCAUCAAAGGCGAAAAAGGUCCUCCAGGAGAAAAGGGCCCUCCAGGUGAGCCUGGGAUACCUGGUCAUAAAGGCCAUCCAGGUCUGAUGGGACCCCAUGGACCACCAGGAGACAGUGGGCAAGUUGGGCCUCCUGGUCCCCCAGGACAGCCAGGAUUUCCAGGACCACGGGGGGAACCUCCGUCUCUAGAGACUCUGAGAAGACUCAUCCAAGAGGAGUUAGCUAAGCAGCUAGAUGCAAAGUUAGCCUAUCUCUUGGCUCAGAUACCUCCUGCACAUGUGAAAGCAUCCCAUGGCAGACCAGGACCUCCUGGUCCCCCUGGGAAAGAAGGACUACCAGGAAGAACUGGCCCUCCAGGAGAGCCUGGCCGACCUGGACAGACUGGAUCUGAAGGACCACCCGGACCCAUUGGUCCCAAGGGAGAAAGAGGAGCAAAGGGUGAGAAAGGAGAUGCUGGCAUUGGCCAGCGAGGUGAAAUAGGUCCUCCAGGAAUUCCAGGCCUCCCAGGAGAGCCUGGCUAUGCCAAAGAUGGGAUACCAGGACUACCUGGCCCUCAAGGUGAAGCUGGGGUACCUGGUCUCAUGGGCCCACAGGGACCUCCAGGAGCCAAUGGACAGUGUGACCCCGCUCAAUGCGCUUACUAUGCAAGCCUGGCUGCCAGGCCUGCCAAUGUCAAAGGGCCCUAGGAUACAAGGAAUAUCCCUAGACUUGUUUUUAAAACUUGAAUUCAUCCAGCCUGCCAAGAGCUCUCAGAUGUCUUCAACUUGGUUUCUUUCAUGGGAGGCCUUCUAAAGCCAACAAAUGCUGCCGGUCGGUCAGAUUAUUUUUAUGAAUUAUAAUAAUAAUUAUUAUUAUCUUUGAUGUGACAUGAGAAUUUGUUCUUGUUUUCCUAACACCAGGGCAUAUUAAAACAUUAAAAAUGUGUUUUUUUUCUUUUGAAGAGCAUACAACAUUGAUGCAUUGUGUAGCAGUUUAUGCAAAGCCAUUCUGAUACCAAUUUUUUUUUUUCCUUUUUGUGGGUAAUUCUUUCCAAAGCUUUAGCCUUGAAACUGAAAUUAAAUCCUGCACUGUGCAGCAUGGGUCAUUAACUGUGUAAUCACAGGACUGUGGUGCUAGCUGCCAUCCACACAGAGGACAGGAAGAUAAGGUCAUGCCAAAGCUAGGGAAGAGAUCUCCAAUGCAUUCAUCUCACAAUGGACAGGCAAGGUGUUCCCUGGAAGAUCUCUUUUACAUUUAUUAUUCUGUCCACAAAAGAAUUGGAAUUCGAUAGAAGCCAAUUUUUUGGGACCAUGUGAAAUCUCACAGUGAGGCCUGGAUCACUGUUCCUUGUGCAAUAACUUCAGUAGAUGAAGGGUAUGUUCAUAUCAGAUGGAGCUUAUCUUCCUUGUGUCAGGGAGAUGCCCCUGAAAAAGCCACAAUAUUAUCCUCCAUCAGCUCAGGGCUGCCAAUUCCACUUUUCACUGUCAGUGCACACACAGCUCUCUAUCACUUCUUCACCCAAGAAUUCUGCCAGUGCAGCACAGAAUGUCUUCUACUGUUAAAAAUCUCAGGAAGCAAAGUGUCACCUGACUUCACUGUUUUGAAUGAUACAUCAUGACAAUAACUUAGAAAAGUUGUGUUUUAGAGGGAGGUGAGAGAUUAGUGGCUGGUUUUCAUCUCUGAUGAAAAGAUCAGAACAAAGAGGUGUUCAGAAACUCUGAGGAAAUUGUGUUUGAGAGUAAAAGCCAAAACUCAGACAUAGGCCAUUUUGCCUAUCAGCUAAUUGCCAAAAUCAAGUUGGAAAUCACUGAGAAAAUAAAUAGGGGACAGAGUCUGAGAUGACAUUCACAACAUUCAAUCUAACUUUCUGACAGAGACACAUGGAAGAGCCAGAUUUCCAAAACUCUUCUGAAUAAGCAGUUUGUAUUGAGGGAUCAGAGUAAGGAACGUGAUACAGAGAUUUAGCGCUGAAUCUGUUUUGAAAUCUCAUUUGAUCUUUUGGAGAGAUAAAUGUGGCCCCCUGCCCUGCUGGCAUGUUCACCAUGUGUCAUGGUGCUUCCAAAGUGGCUAAGCCAAGCAGAAGGCACAGCUGUCUAUAACCAUCCCAAAAUCAGACACUGUAGCUAUAAGGCCAAAGCUGACUAUUUGCAAGCCUUGGAGUCUUUUUCUUACCCAGAAGAUUAAACAAAGUCUUUUCUAUGUAGAUCAGUGGUGACAUUUUUGCUACUUCCUAUGCAAGUAAAUUCUUUUAUUGGAUUUUACUGUGAUUCUGCCUGUGGAAAGACCAAGCAAAGUGAAAAUAUCAUGAAGUGAAGAGCAUACUGCUUUUUAGUAACUCUCAAUAGUAUAUGUUACUGUAGUGCUUUCUAUAAUUCAAUUUUAUGCAAGUAUGUUGAUCACAUAGUAUUUAACAUAAUCAUUUUUUCUAGUCCAGGAUGAAUAAGAUUUUAUUCCUCUAGUGGUGAUGGAGAAUAUGCUUCUUACUAAGGAGAGACCUCUCAACAUAGUAUGAGCCAUCAUUUUGAGUAAAUAUCAUGGCAAUGAGUAGGUUUUAUGGAGGUCAGGCAUGUUAAUUGUCCCAUAUUAAUGUGACAUGGUGUGAUGAGUAAUAAGCUGACGAUUGGACUAGAACUUUUUCAACCUUAAUGAUUCUGUGAUUCUGAUUCUAUGAUGUCAAACUCCCCAAAUUCUGCAUCGUGCAUAUUUGCAUACACCAUGCAUGCAACAGACUUUAAUGUGCUCAAGUAUACCAUGUGAUAGGUAAAUAUAUAAUGAUGCUCUAUUGAACAAAUUCCAGGGUCUUUCAUCUCUCCAAAAUGGUGCAUUGGAAUCUAGAUAAAGGAGAUAGGAGAUUCUGGAGUUUUUGUUGUUUUGUUGUUUUAUCCUUUUUUAAUUUUUAUUUUUAUUUUCUUUGAUAACUCAUUUCAUCAGCAAGUCUCUCAAAGCCAUUGCCAGCAGCAGUCUGAGUUAGGAAAAUGAGACACACCGACAUCUUCAAUAGAAAUUAAAAGAUCUGCAGUGGACAGCUGUACCCAGAAAAAGGGAGACAACCUAACUCCCUUUGCUCUAGCCCGUAUUCUCUAUUUUACUGUUACCUGUUCAGUCCAUUCCUGCCUUUGUGUUCUGAGUUCAGUGGAUACCAUUUCCCUGCUUUUUCUUAAACCUCGUUUCCUCUACAGUCAGUUACAUGACAUUUACCAAGCACAAUCUGUCAGUAGUAAGGAACACGAGACACUUGCCACAUUAGAUCUGCAGGGGUGCUUAUAGCCACCCAGUACUGUCUGCCAAACAGCCUGCAAGGCAGCAAUGGAUGCAGGAGGUGAAAGAUAGGGCAGAGGUAAUGCGUGCAGCUGCUCUACUAACCACUCUUGAACAAGAUGAGGAUGUGGCUUUUGCAUCUCAAUGUUCCUGACUCAGAAACAGAGCAUUUGGUACAUCACAAUGAAGUUUAUUCAGUGUUUGAGACUUAAUCCCAGGAAUCCACUGUUAUUUUUGUAUGAAUUUUUUUUUGGCCAGCCAUGUGAUAAGAGGGAACAUACUGAUAAGAUGGCAUUACAGAGCCAGAGAAUGCAUUGUCCAUAUGUUAACAUGGUGCUAAUGAUACACACAUCUUACAAUAUUACUGGAAUGUUUUUUUUUUUUUAUCAAUUGUGUAAAUUAUUACAGUGAUAGCAAACAAACUAUUAUUCCAUUAUAUAUUUCACCUGUCAAAUAAAUAAUUUAAAAUUUUAAAGAGAUUAAUUUGGGGAAAAUAGUUUUUUGUGUUACAUUAUUUAACAAUUUACACUUGUACUCUGAACUGCUCUAAAUUAGCUUUUUUGGAGCUGUAGCAAGGAAUAAAUUAUUCUCCUUCUUUGCUGCUUUUGAGAGGCUCAUCUCAUUAUAGUCUUGUGAUGUUGUUUUUCUGAGCUGUCCUUUUCACACCUCUCGUUAAUAUGGGUAAUUAAACUGUCUAAGGUUGAACUCAGUUCCACAUGUUUAUCCAGAAAUGUGUAAUCAAAGCAAAAUGGUACUGCUCAGGACUGAAACAAAUGUGUGUGUUUUUCCAGAGAUGCAAUGAAAAUGUAGCAGCAGCUAAGCCUCAGGUCUGCGCUCUGAGCAUAGAACUGUCAGAGAGAUGAGCAAGUCUUUUACUUUCUGGACCAAGAAAAAAAAAACAAUUAAAAUUAAAAGAAAAUAAAAAGAAAAAUAUGGAGAAAUUUUGAUCUUUUAAAAACCGUCCAAGCCUUAACCUGCUACAGGCUGCUUUUUGGCAGCUUCUGAAACAGGAUGUGAUGCUGAUGCAUGUCUGGGUAUCAUCAUCUGAGAAUGUGUUGGGCACCAGAGACACUGAGAGAAUACUUCAUGGAUUCGAGUUGGAAGGGACCCCUAAAGGACAUCUACUCCAACUCCCCUGCAGUGAACAGGGACAUCUACA